ACUUGCAGGGGGGAGAAGGAGACAUCGGCGGUUGCUCAGUGGUGGGUGUAGUGGGGGGACGGUGUGCCUCUGUUGCAGAGUAUCGCGGUUCGCCUGAUGCACACGUGGACAUGUGCCUCUCCUGCGGAGAGGAACUGGGCUGCCCACGAGCGCAUUCAGGUGAAGCGGCGAAACAAGCUUGGUUUUACCAAGCUCACUCGUUUGGUGGAGAUAUCCACCAAUUUGAGACUGCUUCGAUGCCACACGAGGGGGGUGGGGUACGUUCUCCCAUGGGAGGACGAGGAUGUCGUCACGGAGGAGGAGAGACCGGAGCCACGUGACUCGGGAGUCCGCCCUGCGGACAAGGUUACUGAUGAGCAGCUGGACAGGCAGGUGCGGAAGGGGCGGAAGGACUCACUCACUCGACAGCCUGCGAGCGUGGAGAGAUAUUUUGGCAGGCGAGCGACUAUUCUUCUGCCACACGAGGAGGACGCGGUGAACGACCGAGAGCCCGACCCUCUCGCGCAGGAUGAGAUUGAGGAGGAUCCUUGGUCUUAUCCUGAUGACCAGGAUGUGGAGUCGGGCCGGUCAUCCGACGAUGAUGCCCCCCUGUCACAGAUGCGACGCGAGACGCGAGGGUCGACCUCGGCCCGUCCUCGUCCUUCCCCUCGCCCGCGGGAUGGUGCUGCGACUGGACUUGUAGUGGUUGGGAGGCCAGGUCGUGCAGAUGCACAGUGUCAGGGCCUGUCCAUUCGACAGCGACAGCACACUUCCAUCGACUCCGACAGCGACGACGAUGAUGGAGGGUACGAGGGCAGCAGCGAGUUUGAGGACGACAUGGAUUUCGACAGCGGUGCGGGCAACGCCCCAAGGGGAGGUGGUGAGGGUCCUCGAGACAUUGCUGUCGAGGAGCAGCACAGUCAUCGACAUUCUGCCAGGUUGGCGGAGGAGAGGGGUCGUGGGGCGGGGGGGUCAGCUAGGGGUGGAGGAGACGGAGGAUCGAGGGGACAGAUUCCACUUUCACCUCAGAGGGUGAGAUCUGAGGCUGGCCGCGACCUUCUGGCCACUACAGGGGAUUUAGCCGCGGCGCCCGGCUCGUUGUCCGAUAUUUUGGGUAUGUCGAUGGGACCUCCGCCGACCGCCGGUGAUGCUAGACAGACCCCCGUUGCCGCGGGCAAUACACCCAUCAGCCAGGUUGUACGAGGAUUGGAUACUGACGGGGGUGUCUCAAGCAGUUUGUUGAUGGAGGCGGCUCAGGGGAUGGAGGCGAGUUUGGAUGCUGCUCGCGCCCUUGAGACGAGCGUCGCACUCGUCGCCGAGACGGAUGUUCCUAACAGUUGUGCCACGGGGGUGCGGACGCAUGGUGUCGACGAGGUUGAGGAUGGGGACGUCUCCCGACCCGCGCAGGGCAAUGGCGGUGUUUGCAGACUGGGACUUCGACCAAUUGGUGGAGAGGAUGACGAUGUGGAGGGAGGUGGUGAUGAGCUUGUCGGUGGAGGGGGUGGACCUCACGGAGGAUCUGAGGCAGUCGGUGUGCAUGAUGGAUGCGAGGAGGACAGACAGCUCGUCGGUGGAGGGGAGCAGAUGGAUGAGGGACGAGGUAGUGCGUAUGUUGCAGAAAUGCAGCAGCGUGCAGUUGACGCACCUUGUGAGCAGCCAGUCGAUUCAGUGGUAGCCGACCACCCUGACGCGCUUGCGGAGGGUAUUUCUGUAUUGCCUUUAGGUGGCGCCAUGCCCGCUGCAGUUUUGGAGUGCGAAGGUAGAGAGGAUCCUCUUACGGCUGAUCGGCGGGGGCGGAUGGAGGAUGCUAGUCGGAGAGCUUUGGGAGAUCCCUCACCAUACGCGCCAUGUAGCCCGUCAGUGCCCUCCUCCAUGACAGGCAUCAGCCCUCCCCCUUGCGAUCCUAUGGCGCAGAUGGAGAGCAUUAGGGCCGCAUGCGCGGCAAAUACGAGGUCGUGGGAUAGUGGUCGUGGUGGAUCUGAGAGUCGUUCGUCUGUAGGAGGGACACAGCUGGCUGAGGGUAGAGGUUUAGACAGUCUUUCUCCGCAGUCGCGGAUGAAGGCUCGGCCUCAUGGUUUAGGCUCUGUGAGGAAGGUCACUCAGGCGAUGCGAGACAUGCAGCCAGGAUUAGCUGUCAUACCCGCAUCUAUGAGACCCCCACCGUUGCUGCGAGGGGGAGACGUUGAGUGGAUUCGAUGUCCAAUGGGUAUUUGUAACGCCCCCGCGACCUUUCAGCGAGCCAUGAAUAUGGCUUUUCAUAACUUCGUGCGGAAGACACGUUUGGCACAGAGCAUCAUCAACUACUGCGUGAUUGUGUACAUGGAUGACAUUCUCGUGUACUCGAGCUCCUACGAGGGACACGUGCAGCACAUCGAAUGGGCGCUGCAUGCGUUACGAGAUGCGGGUUUCAAGGUGGCGUUUGAGAAGUGUCAGUUUUUCCUUACCACCAUCUCCUUUCUGGGACAAGUGGUAACAAACCAUGGACUCCAACCGGAGCCGCAGAAGGUUGCAGCUGUCAGGGAUGCGCCGUUGCCUACGACUAUCACGCAAGUUCGCGCCUUUUUGGGUCUGGCCUCGUACUACCAAAGAUUUAUCAAGGGCUUCGCGGCGAUCGCGGGACCCCUCACGAAUCUGCUGCGAAAGGAUCAACCGUUGAUUUGGACACCGGAGUGUGAUCAGGUGUUUUCGAAACUCAAGGCCGAUCUCAUUUCGGCUCUGGUCCUUAUAAGGCCGGAUCCCGAAAAGCCUUUCAUCCUCAUUACCGACUGGCAGCCCGAGGCAAUUUCGGCGAUCCUGGCACAGGUGGGACCAGGCGGGCUCGAGAACGUGGUAGAGUAUGCGUCCAGAUCAGUGCCUGCUUGCAAGCGCAACUAUGCUGCUCCGACAGGAGAAUGCUACGCGGCGCUCUGGGGAAUCAGUCACUUUCGCGCUUACCUGUACGGGCGGAAGUUCACCUUGGUAACCGAUCAUGAGCUCCUGUUGGCUCUGAAGAAAUCGAAGGAUUACUCUAGCAUGAUCGGGCGAUGGGCAACGGUGCUGCAGAGCAUGGACUUUGACAUUCGUCAUCGGAAGCACGAGAGACAUGGAAAUGCGGACGGACUGCCGCGACUGCACCGGCCCGAGAAGGUUCCGAAGAGUGAGGAGGUGAUUCCGUGGAACGAACCCGAAAAGGAGGUUGGGCCUCGGUACGGCCAAGUGGAGAUCUUGUCGAAGCACUUUCUCUUUGGAUCGGUACGGCCGGGCCGCCGCCAGUUAAUUACACAGGAACUCAUUGCGCCGAUCAUGCAAUUGGCGGACGAUCUCUCGCCCGACAUCUAUUCACAAAGUGACGACAACCCUUCUCCGUACAUUCUCGAGCGGUCAUUGGAUCCGUACCUACAGUGGACUGCGUGCUUGGAGGAGCCCAGGGAUGAAGAUACGCUACCAUCACGGCAGGAGUAUCUGAAGCCUUACGACAUCAUCCCUCACGCCUUCUAUCCGAAGGCAGAGGAAGUGGUGAUUGACGAGGAGGAAGAAGACGAGGACGAAGGAGACGACGACGAAGAAACGUCGGAGGAAGGGAGCUAUAGCGAGUAUAGCGAGGGCGAGCUGAGUGAAGAAGAAGAAGAGGAGGAAGAAGAAACCGGGUCUGAGUGGGAAGCUUUGCCGGAGGAAGCGGCGCGCGCGGGUACGGAGGUGGAAGAUCCGGUAGCAGCGCGAAGGCGCGAAGAAAUUGCCACCGGAAAACGUCAGUUGGAGUUCGCCAGCAGAGCCAGCUUGCGUAUCGAUAACGAUCCGACCAGGAAUCCGGAGCCGCCGAAGCCCGAAGAUGGCGACCCAGCAGCCGCCACCUCAAGCACCGCACGACGGAGACGGAGUCGAUCCCCCUCCUCCUCCAGCCCCACCCGUCCCCCAGUUCGCCCACGUACCGAUGCGGGCGAUAGGCCUUCGUCCUCGGACGCUAUCCCGCCGACCCCUUGAUUUUCUCACCCUCGAACAGAUCCGCACCCCCGU